CAAAGGUUCAGGCACAAGGCUGAUCAAGGAAGAGAUUGUGUUACCACCGAUCAUUUCAGCUGAUCAAACAUUUCUCCACUGAUCACUGCUGACUUUGUCAAAAGAAAAGAGGACACCGGAAAUGAGAAACCAGCCUACACAAUAGAACCAUCUCAAAGCCUUCUAAAUAUUGCAAAUUAUCGCAUACAUCCUCCUGGAUAAGGCACAAACACACGAAUAUCACACAAGAUGGAUGAAUUUCCAGUAGGAGGUGGAAGUGGUUCUGGAAUGGGAGGGGGUGGAGCUCCGAGCGAAGAAGAUUACUCAAAAAUGCCAAUCGAAGAUCGAUUAGGAUCAAAAGUUUGGAAAGCUCGUGUUUCGGGAUACGAAGAAUUAAUUGGAAAAUUUGAAAAAUCACCGGCAGAAGAUGCACCAAUAUUCAAACCUUAUACUCGAAAUCCUGAUUUGGUAAAAGCAAUGGUGAUCGAUAGUAAUGCAGUAGCACAAGAAAAAGCAUUGGAUGCUGUUAAAGCAUUUUUAUCGUUUGGUGGAAAACCGGCUGGAUCUACGCGAGAGACCGUUUUACCUUCUUUGGCAGAGAAAUGUUUCGGCGCAAUGCGUGCAGGAACGAAAAAGUCUGCUUUGGAUAUUGUUUCGCUCUAUGCCGAAUCAGAGGAUAUCGUCGGAUGUGAAGGAUUAGUGUUGAAUGUUAUACAGGGCACAUCUGCUAAACAACCCAAAGUGGUUGCAACUGCAGUCACUGCACUAACACAUCUUGUUCGUGAUUUUGGGCCGAAACAAGUCUCAUUCAAGCCAAUUCUGAAAAAGCUGCCAGAUCUAUUUGGACAUUCGGAUAAGAACGUCAGAGCUGAAGCAGGCUCACUGGCACAAGAAUUACACAAAUGGAUCGGACUGGCUUUAGAACCAACAUUAUCGCUACUUAAAGACAUUCAGGUGAAGGAACUUCGCGAACAAUUUGCCGCCAUCGAUCAAGCUGUAGAGAAACAUACCACACCGAGCAGAUAUCUCACUUCUCAGAGACCGGUCGACAAUGUUGAGGCAACAAGCGAUCCAACAGCAGCAGCAGCAGCAGAAACGAAUGGAGGCGGACAGCCUGCUGAAGAGGUUGAUGCAUUUGAAUUCCUAGAUCCCAAGGAUCCCCUCAAGUCUAAAGAAUGGCCAGAAAAUUUUGACGAAAUGAUCAAUAGCACCAAAUGGCUCGAAAGGAAGGAAGUAAUUGAUCAAUGCUUGAAAGCUUUGGAAGCAACACCAAAAAUAAUACACACGCCGGCUUUGGAUUCGAUCAUCGACAUUCUGAGCGAAAAGGUGAAGAAAGAUGUCAAUAUCAAUGUCGUUCUAUCUGCAUGUCAAUGCAUUCAGAAAUUUGCACUAGGGCUACGAGGAGCUUUUGCCAAGAACAAAGAUAAAGCCUUACCAGCACUUCUGGAGAAGCUUAAAGAACGAAAAGAAUCAACUGUAAAGGUGCUGGCAGAUACCUUGGAUGCCGUCUUUCAAACCGUUUCCUUCAGCGAUAUCCUCGAAGUGACUUUGAAUGCCACAAAGCACAAGAAUCCCCAAGUCAAAACAGGAGCAAUUCAAUUCUUGGUCCGUUGUUUGCGCGAGACACGGUCGAUGCCGGCCAAAGCUGACAUUAAACCGAUUGCAGAUGCAUUGGUAGCGGCCACUGCUGAUGGGUCGUCUGAUGUGCGUGAUGCGGGUGCACAGGGUCUCGGAACGCUGAUGAAAUUGAUCGGCGAGAGGGCCAUGAAUCAAUACAUCGAUGGACUGGAUGAUAUCAAGAAGGGCAAAAUUCAAGAACAGUACAAAUCUGCCACUGUGAAAGUCAAACAAGCUGGUGCAGCGCCAGCUAGUAGACCAGCACCAGCCGCAGCUCCUCCAAAGCCACAGAGCAGACCUGCACCUGUUGCUGCCGCAAGGAAGCCUGCCGUUGUAGCAGCCGCUGAAAAGCCCAACUUCGCUUCAUCGCCAGCUCCUGCAGCAGCCAAAGCUCCCGCUGCAGUAUCUCGUGGACCCCCUGCUCGUUUGCUUGCCGGGGCCAGUAAGGCACCACCAGCUGUAGCCAAGCCAGCUGCUGCCUCGACAUCCCGCCCUGCACCCGCAGCAAAGAAAUCUGCCGGUGCAUCUGGAUCCAGUAAAGCAGCUGGCGUGAAUGAACCAGUCAAGUAUCGCUAUCACCCAGAUGAGGCGGAAGCACGUUCGAGUGAAAUCGUACCUGCCCACAUACAAGAAGAAUUAUCAACAAGCGUCUGGAAAGAUCGAUUAGCAGCUAUGGUCAAAUUUAAUGAAUGGCUCAAAUUGGAAAGUGAGACUGUGGAAAGCGAAUUGAUCGUUCGCUUCCUAUCGCGUAAGCCUGGAUGGAAGGAGAGCAAUUUCCAAGUGAUGAGCGAAGUGUACAACGCUUUCAAGAUGCUUUCGACCGACUGUCCAUCUUUUGGCAGGUCUUCAGUGGCAAUCUCCAUCGCCCCGCUCUGUGAGAAAUUAGGUGAUAUCAAGCUAAAAGUGCCAGCUGCUGACACGCUUAUGCAAUAUGGAGAACGCACUUCGAUAGGAUUCGUCAUCAGUCAAGCCCUGACGCCUUUGAGCAACCUCAAAGCACCCAAAGCCAUCGCUGAUUCCCUAUUGUGGGUCAAUCAAGCUCUUCUUGACUUUGGAACGGCUAAUAUUGAUGUUCGUGGCUUGGUUGAUCACCUAUUGAAUUGCUUGAAGUCUGCCAAUGCUGCUGUGAGAACGAACGCUACGACUUGUAUCGGUACUCUGUCGCGUUUCCUCGGACCUGCUCUGACGAACUUACUGGGAGAUAUUAAUCCACAGUUGCGAUCGACUGUAGAAGCAGAAAUCGAAAAGGCAUCAAAAGAGCCAGCACCAACACCGACACGCACUUGUGAAGAGACUCGCCCCAAAGCAGUAGCAGCAGGUGCUGCCGAUGAAGGUCCGACUGGUCCAUCCGUAGAAGAAGACGAUGCAUUGGACGCAUUGAUUCCACGAGUCGACCUUGACAAUAUCAUUCCUUCUUCAGCUAUUGCCAAGUUAGGCGACGCCAAUUGGAAGGAGCGAAAAGAAGGCUUGGAGGAGAUUAAUGCCAUUCUGGAUGCUAACACACGUUUGAAGCCUAAAAUGGGCGAGCUUGGUACGGCACUAAAGACUCGCUUCUCGGACAACAAUGUUCAAGUCAGAACAAUGGCUCUGGACGCAUUGUGCAAAAUCUCUACAGGAAUGGGCAAAGGAUUUGAAGGCUUUGUGAGAACGUUUGUACCGUCUGUCACGCAAGUAUUGGCAGAUGCAAAAGCUCCCCUUCGCGCUGCUGCUUCCAAAGCGUUGACUGCAAUGGCUGAACAAACUGGAGCAGCUCCAAUGAUCUCAGGAUUUGUCAGUGUUUUGGAGAGUAAAGCUGCUAAUCCUACAUUACGUCAAGAUCUUUUCGCUUGGCUAGGUCUUUGGUUCGAACAACAUUCUCCUGAUAAGAAUACAGAUUUGAGCGGAUUAGCAUUUCCAGCAAUCGUUUGUUUGGAUGACAAAUUGGCCGCGGUACGCAAAGCAGCACAAAGUGUAUUGCCUUUUAUCAUCAUGAGAGCAGGCUACAAAUUUGUCAUGGAGCAAACAAACUCUUUGAAAGCAGCUUCUCGUAAUACCGUCAUUCCUCUCAUUGAUGCCGCCAAAGGCCAAGCUUCUUCAAAAGCACCUCCUCCGCCACCUCCAUCGCAAGGUGUUUCGGCUCGAUUAGAAAAUGGCUCAGCAAGUUCGGCGCCUGCAAAACUUCCAAAUGUCGUACGAAGGGCAGCUCAAGCACCAACGCCAUCAACGACAGAUGAUGCUCGCUCUGUUUCAUCUUCAACAUCAUCAGUUUCUGGACGAGCAGGAGGCGUGAAAGCACCUACAGCCGUUGUCAGAUCUUUGAAAGCACCAGCAAAUACAAUCGAAGGAACUCCAGCACGUCUACCUCGCGUUGGAGUUCGAAAGACAACGUAUGCACCUGUUGCAACGAACUCAUCAUCCUCUUCCUCCAACGCUGCCGCAACGGAAAAAAGUGCACCAUUUGUGAAUGGAGACGAGAAGUUCAAAAUGAUGCGUGAGAAACGCGAAGGUGGUAAGAAUUCAUUGUACUGGAUUGGUGCAGAUGCUGCUCCUCGUUCAGAUCUGGCAGAAACCUUGCGGGCACAAUGUGAACAUCAUUUGAGUCCAGCAUUGAUCGAUAAGAUGUUCUCGAAAGAUCACAAUGCAGAACGUGAUUAUUUGUCUGCUCUGACCGUGCUCAUAGACCAUCUAGCACACACGGAGACGUCUCUAGAAGAAUUUGCAAUCACUCCGGAUGAAGCUGUUGCACGUAUCAAAGCAAAUUCUGACUUACUCUUCAAGUAUGUAGCAAUUCGGUUGACAGACAAUAACACAUCGAUCGCUUUGAAGUGUUUGGAUCUCUUGGAUCAACUGAUCGCUGUCCUACGCAGCCAAGAAUACCACAUGUCAGAUUAUGAGGCCAAUGCUAUCCUUCCCUGCGUAUUGGCCAAGUUUGGUGAUCCAAAAGUUGCCUUCCGCGAUCGCAUACGAUCCGAUAUCUUGCGAAAGGUUACAAAUAUCUAUCCACCUAGCAAAGUCUUGGGUCACUAUAUGGAGGAAGGGCUACCUAGCAAGAACUCGCGUGUUCGAACAGAAUGUCUGGCAGAAUUGGCUCAUCUUUUCCACAGAUAUGGUACACAGAUCUGUUCUUUGCCAAAGACGAUGCCUUUAAUUGCUGUUCACAUCUCUGACCGUGACAACGGCGUCAGAACCGGAGCUUUGAUGGCCAUCUCAGAAGUGUACAAGAUUGUUGGAGAUGCAGUUUGGCAGUACGUCGGUGAAUUGCCUCUACGAGACCGCGGUCUGUUGGAAGAGAGACUUCGACGGGUGACUGUUUCUGGUUCAAAUGGAGCAGAAGAUGCGGCUGUAGUAUUGGCACAAGCAUCUGUAGCUUCGACUCCGCCAGUGGAAAGAGUUUCUCAAACUGCCGCCACGCCAAGACAGGUCUCAUCUAUGUCGACCUUGCCAAAAUCCCGAGGCGGCACAACACAAAUACAACCUCCUAUGCAAAGCAGAAUGGCAAUGCCUUCUAGACUGGCCAGACCCGCUUCUAUGAUAGGACAACCGGGCGCAAAAUCAAGCAAUGGACCUUCUGGACUGCCAGAUCGUCAAUCCCAGCCUGACGCUCGCCUUUCUCGUGUUCAAGCACCUUCAGGUUUGCAACGACCCACUUCACGUACUUUUGGGAGUAAUGGAGGAGCCGUCAAUGUGAGUCAAACUGAGUUGAAGAAAGUAUCAAGCGAUGCCAAGUUACCGUCCACAAAAAGAUCCGAUGAGAACGGACAUGACGAAGAAUUGUGGGAUGUUGAACAAACAAUCAACGAAAUCCUAUCAAGCGAUAGCGAUCGAAGUGUAAGAGCAUUGAAGAAACUUGCGACUGACAUUCAAAAUUGUUCGCCAGCCUUAGUGCAAAAUGCUGAUCGAUUGGCGGUAGCUUAUGGCAAAUUAAUGCAUCGUGCUUAUGGUCAAAUGAAUAAUAAUACCGCCGAAGCUGAACGAUUGAAGAAGCACUUGAUGUACACUGGCACAAAUAUAUUCGAUAAUACAAGACUUUGGGAUGACCCAAUCGAAGGCACACAGAGAACGUUGGGUAGCUAUGUUACAAAGCCUGCUCUGGUCGUUCUCCUUACUGAGCUACUCUCGCAAUUGAUCGGUACAAAGGGUGCAACAGAUGCCGAGACCCAAACACAAGGUCGUUAUCUCAACAUUAUGGUCUUGAGAUCCUUCUCUUCGUGCAAUGUGAACGUCUUGUUUGGAGCAUGCUUGACGAUGCUAACAGAAGCAACGGAGGACUUGGAAGAUCUGCAGAGUAGAGGCGAUGCGGAGUUGGUUGACAAGCGUGUGAAGUUUGCCGAUCUGAUUUGCAAAUGUAUUUGGAAGAUGACACGUAAGCUUACUCAAAGUUUGCAAGAUGAUUUGGUGGAUGCAGCUCUCUUGUUGCAGGAUUUGGAAACAUUCCUUCAAGCUAUCCCACCUGUGAUCUGGAAAGAAAGAGCAGCAAAUGGUAUGCCAAUGGGUGAUGUCCCACUACGUACAAUCAAAGUGAUCAUCGCACAUAUCGGCAAUGCUUUUGGAGAGCAAGCUUUGGAUCUAUUGGAAGGUAUCCCAGAUGCCGAGCAUAGCCAUGUCUAUACCUAUAUGCUGAGAGCGUGCGAACAUCAGCUUUCGAGCGAAGGUGGUCGAGAAGCAAAAGCUGCCAAAGCACCCGAAGAUGCUAUCUUCGAUGAUGAAGCUCAAGCCCGUCUAUCACCGUCAAUACCCAGCACCCCAUCCGUAGCAAGCAGAAGGGAGAGAUUGCCAGAGCGCUCGCGAACUGAUUCAGAGGCAGGAUCAAUGACACGAUCUGAAAGUCAAUACAGCGUUGCGACGUCGGAUGAAGGAAAUGCAGCGGAACUGCGUCAAAUCUUUGAUAGGAUCAGUAACAAAUCCGAGUCAAGGUCCGCAAUUCGCGAUUUGUAUCUGUUCAGUAGAAAGUAUCCCGAGAAAGAAGGACUUAUCAUGCGUUCCCUAGAGCAAACGGGACCGAUUUUCCAAAAGUUCAUCAAACGAGCUAUGGCUAAUCAUGCUUUAGAGGAUGGAGAACCUUCGCCUUUCCAGGACGAUACCAUGACGCCAAGACAAAGUAUGCUUUUAAGCAGUCCAGGCGCUCAAAGUACUGCUUCACCUUCAACUCGAAAUUCAUUCCCAACUACAAAUUAUGCCGGUAGAAAUGGAGACUCACAAAGGAACAGCUAUAUGAGUCCAUCUUCAAGCAGAACUUCAAAUUUGAAUCUAGCCGCUCUGACAGGAAUCAAUUCUUCACCUUCAACGCCUAAUAGUGGCAUUGCAGGCUUUAGAGGUGCUCAAAGCCCUACAAUCAAUUCUUCACCAAGUGCGAAUCGUUAUAGUGUAAAUGAUGAUCGUUUGGCGCAAUUACGUGCGAAAUUUGCAAGAUCUUCAUCUAUGCAAAGCAGCACUGCUGAAUGAUCUCUACCAUCAAUGUUUCUCAUCCUUUUCCCUCCCCAUCUCUUCCUUCCACCUCAAUCACCCCAAUUCGAUUGGAGACCCUUUGUACAUGACUCUAUUUUGUUGUAAAGUACGCGGCUUUACCGGCGUCACCUGUAAUGCUAUACCAUUUCACACGCAAG